AAACGAAUAUUUCAGCGACUGUUGUCCCUUCUCGGUAUAUUUUACGAUAUGCCAAACCGAAAACGCUCAAAUCUUUCUGAUAAGCGAAAUAGAACCCGUAAAAUGCAAAGAAGGAAGGCCCGUGCACAGGCUACUUCUCUUGCUAUUCAACAACAAAACCUCCUUUUGGAGAAAAUCCUAGGGCCAAGUGAACCCAUUCCAAGCCAAAGCUUCUGUCUCAAUGUUGUGAACAAGGUAGAGCACAUUGGGGAGCAACACGUGAAGAAUCAAAGGUUAAGAAAUCAACAAUCACAUGACAGAUGGCAAAUGGACAGUGCUUUACCAACUCCAAAGAUUUCAAAAUGUGUACAACUAACUACUAAAACGCCAGUCCAGCAAGAUUCAAGUUUAGCACAAGCAUCGCAAAAUAUUACAAAACCAGCUCAAGUGUUGACUUCACCAUUUGAAAUAACUCCAUCCAAAUCAAAGCUGGUGAAAGAUCCAAAUCAAACAACUGUAUCUAAAUCAAUAAUUAGAAAAACAGAUUUACCGAAACAAAAAUUGCUAGUUACUAGUCAUGAACAUUCUGUCAUGUCUAACCUAGCAUCUAUGUGGAGAAGUAGAAAAUUAUGUGAUGCCAGUAUUAGCAAUGGCUCGUCUACUGUGAUGGUCCAUAAAAUAGUCUUGUCUGCUGUGUCUCCAAAACUGUUCUCAGUAAUUAGUACAUGCAUCUCUUCUCAGUUUUAUGAAGUGAAAUUUCCUGAAGUAAGCACAGAAACUUUAAUGGCUUUUACUGAAUACAUGUAUACUGGACUAUUAGAUCUUGAUCUUAAUAUUUUACAACAGCUAAAAGUCAUUGCAAAACAAUUAGACAUGAAAGAUUUACAAAAUAUGUGUGAUGCUCAUCUUCAAAGUGGAGCACAUCAGCAACUUGCUUCGACAGUCACUGCGUUUGAUGAUACCAGGCAGAUGCCAUCUGAUGUUUCAGCUGUUCCUACUGAGGAUAUUAAGCAGGAGAUUUCUCAGAAUGAAUUAGCACAGCUUAAAGAAGGUACAGUCAGAACCAUUAAGCAAGAGUUUGAGGCUGCAUCUCUGGACACUAACGGUGGCAACUCUCCAUUUGGUUCUGUUAUUCUUCCCACUGUAAAAAUCGAGCCUGUAGGACCUGAUGAUGACAAAUAUGGUCAAAUGAAGAUGCCAUCUAAUGUUUCAGCUGUUCCUACUAAGGAUAUUAAGCAGGAGGUUUCUCAAAAUGAAUUAGCAGAACUUAAAAAAGAUACAGUUAGACUCUUUGAGCAAAAGAUUGAGGCUGCAUCUCUGGACACUAACGGUGGCAACUUUCCAGUUGGUUCUGUUAUUCUUCCCACUGUAAAAAUCGAGCCUGUAGGACCUGAUGAUGACGAAUAUGGUCAAAUGAAUAAAAGAGCUUCAACAUCUAGUUCAGUUUCAGAUAGUUCUCGGGCACUAAACACUCCUUUGAAUUCUAUAGCUGUAUCCACUACAGAUUUUAGCUUACCAUUUUCAGAUACCACAAAUAGCAAAGCAACAGCAAAUAAGAUAUAUGGAACAUCACCCAAAUUAAAAUCUAAUGUAUUUGAAAGUUCUUCAGUUUCUGACUUAUCUCCUGUGUCAUAUAGUGAAGAAAAACUGUGUUCUCAAUCUAGACUCAUAAAAGAAGACUCUUCUAAGCCAAUAAAUCGAACAACAACAACUCAGUUAAUUGACAACAAUGUGAUUUGUGGUAGCAAUGAAGGUGUCUAUCCUGUAGGACUUUUUACAGCAGAAGGGGACACAUUACCAUUAUCAUCAACACAAGUUACCAAUGUCAAAAAUACAGGUUUAUAUAAAACAGAUGGCCUUACUUGAUAUCAGAAAUAGUUUUCAGUACACACAUACACAGAUAAAUUGAGCUUUAAUUUUGUAAUAAAUAAUUUUUGAAAUAC